CCGUCUCUCCCCUCUUCCUCCUGUGCUCACCUACCAGACUGACCGCCGCGAGCUCAAUUAGGACGGCGGCACGGUGUCGAUUUUGAGAAGCUUUGGCAGCGCCGAUCUGCUGCGCUGCUUCGACCAUUGGCACGCUCGGAAACCUUUGGUCGGUGUCGCCAUCAUACCAUGUCGACAUCACAAGGGGCUGGCUUGGGUGCGCAAGUGUCGAGCGCGGAAGGAAUGAUGCAAGCGCGACAGAUCAGCCAGCUGGUCGCUUCUUCCCUCGUCGGCUUGGUACAGCAACUUUCGGCCGCCUCUGUUUCCUCGUCCGCACCGACAUCCACCUCGACAUCCACACCAAGCGCAAGCUCCAGCAACUCACCAGCAUCGAUACCGAGCUCUCGCACUGCCAAGUCACUCCUCGCUCCGAUCGUCUCAGAUCUAGCAACGCGCAUCCGAGGCAUUCUACCUCCUGAGGAGCAAGUCGUCGAAGAUGCCGGGACCGCCUCCGAUACCAAAGCAAAGAAGACGUCGGCAAUCAGUGGAGGAGAGAGGUUGCGAUUGAGCUUGAAAGAGAACGUGGGAGCUUUGCUGAGAACAGAGGUGCUAGACCAGGUGCCCGCCAAUCAAUCUACUCUGCAAAAGCAAGAGCUGGACCAGGAAAGACCGAAAAAGAGAUCAAGGGUGGUGCACAGCGAUCAGGGGCCAGUGGAGCUUUCGUCAGAUUCAGCCAGAGCUCUUUCGGAUAGACUGGACGUGGUGCUUGCCUUUGUAGAUGCGGACCUUGUGGACGCUUCCCUCCCUCUUCAAAUCCUCGAAGAAGCAUUUGAAGCGCUGCCCAUCAAGAGCUGCUCCUUACUCUUCUCAUACAUGGAGUCGCGUCUGGAUCAAUUGACAGUGGGAUUGUCACCUUCCAAAGGCAAAGGCUUGACACUGCUUAGAUUGUGCAAUGAUCUCUUGAGAAGGCUUGCUAAGCCUUCGAGAGAGCAGACCAUCUUUGCUGGAAGAGUCUUGAGCACAUUGUCAGCUGUAUUUCCUCUAGGGGAGAGGAGCGGAGUGAACUUGCGCGGCGAUUUCAACACGGACAACAAGACGCUAAUUGAGCCUUUACCGGCGCAGAUCAAGGAGGGAAAGGCUCAAGAUGAGAAGGAAGAUAUGCAAGGUGAAGAUGAUGGCGUAGAAGCAAAGGCGGAGGAAGCGCAAGGUGCAAUUAAAGCGGAGUCCUCUAUAGCCUCGAUAGCCUCGAUGGAUCUCAACACGACCGAAGGUCUCUCCGCAAUCUGUUCGUCACCAGAAUUUUACUCGACUUUUUGGUCGUUGCAAAGCAUCUUCAGCAAUCCUUCUUUGCUCUUCGACGCCGAUAGCCGUCUCCAAUUUCCGGUACCCGAAGGUGCAGAAGAUCCUGCACCGGACGGAUCCAAAGGCCCCAUGUCCGGCUUGAGGAUAGCGACGAAAUUGACGCUCAAAGUGUUUGCUGCGGCUGCCAAGCGGGAAAAGAUACUUGCUGGUGCGAAGGGAAGCGAGAGCGAGGCGGCAAGAAACGCUGCGAGAAGAAAAGAAGAGGAAGAGAAUGCGAAACGCUCUUUAGGCGGAACGAAUUUGAAGGAUGGGAGGAUUGAAGCUGGAGCGGACUUUGGCCUGCAGAGAAGCGAGAAUGCUAAGGAGCAACAGGAUGGAGAUGCCAUGCAGACAGACGAAGAUGGGAUUCCACCAGCAUUGCCUGAGACUCGCAAGAACUUCUUUCCAAAGUAUCUUACUGGCAGGAAUUUGCUGGAAUACGAACUGAAAGAUCCCAACUUCAGAAGACACGUGCUGGUUCAGUGGCUCAUUCUCUUUCAAUAUCUGCUCUCUUUCACGCCUACACAAAGGGAAAAGUGGAAAGAUUGGAAGAACAAACAGCUGCAGACCAUCACGUUUGUGCUGGAUGAUGCGGAUGACGGGUGGAUCAGGAGCUGCUGGCGAGAAAUCAUCGCUCAGCUCAAAGCGAUUCCACCUGAAGGCAAGACCUUUUCCGAUUCGGUACUUCAGACGCUCAAGCGAGAGUCUCGAUGGGUACUGUGGAAGGCAGACAAUUGUCCGCCCAUCGACUUGGCUCCCUUGAGUACAGAAAAGAUCAUCGAGUACGCCAAAGCUUCCCAACCCCUCCUCAAGUCUCUUUCAAGCUAUCCUCAUUCGAUCGGGACCGCUGCGCUUAGCCAUCUGUGGGAGGAAGGGCUAGAACCUCCAAAGCCAAGCACACGCGACAUUGAUGGCGAGCAAGUUGAGGAUGACGGACUCGGCGACCUGGAAAUGCCGCUGCGCAUACCUACGUUGCAAGGCUAUGCCAAGCUUGUCCGGGCUCAAGAAGCCAAUGCUAGUAAGAGGAGAAAACAGCUAGGAUGGGGAGAAGCGCCACAAGAUCUGCCUGAUCCGUCAGCGCUUCUGCCAAAGAAUGCCGAGGAGAGGGGAAAGGUGGACAAGCUGUCGAAAGAGGAAACGGCAAGGGUGGCUAUAGAGGGCAAAGAUGCGUUGCUGAGUUCCAUCGAGGACAAGAGGAGAACAUUGGCUUGGAAAGCUCUGCGACUGGCAAGCAGACAGCACCUCGACCUGCUAACGUCCACUAUACGCGUCGAUGACAUUACCACGCUCAUGCGCCUGGUCGAUGAGCAGAAAGUAGGGAAAAGCACCGCGGACGAGGCACAAGACACCAAUGAACCCGUUCCGGUCUACGUUCCGCAAGUUCCUAAAAGCUCGCCGGAGCCUGAGAAGAGUGCGACACCAGCGUCUACAACCGCAACUGCGGAUGAAGGCGACAAGAAGGCGGAUGGAAAACAGGGAGCUGAGAUCGAAGUGGACAGUCAGGCGCAAGCUCAGAAGGGCGAUGAAGAUGCGUCGCCGAAGGAGAAAGGAGAGCGGCAGACAGAGACUGGUCAAGCUGAUACUGGCGCUGCUGGUGCAGAGGAUGAGUCAAAGGCCUUAACGAAAGAUUCGAAAGGAGGAGAAGAUGUAGACAUGUCGACGGGAUGAGCGCGACGUUUGCACAGCAGACAUUCUGUAUACUCGAGCCUUCGCGCGAAUGAUUUGGUGCGAGUAAGCUGAACGUGGCCUACCACAAAUCCCAUCGCGAUACUGCGCCUUCCAUCUGAAAUCUUGAUACAAGUACGGAC